GCGGUGCGGUCGCGGCUCCGCUCCCAGCCCCGACGCGGCGGUGAGGGGCGCACUGAAGCCAUGGCUGCGGACGGGGCUCUGCGGCGGAGAGGCGGCCCCAGGCGCUCGGCCCCGGCCACGGCGCUGCCCGACUGGAGGCUGCGGUGCGAGGGCGGCCGGCAGCGCUGGCACUACCAGGGAGAAGGCGACGGGGACGGCGAAGAGCGGAGGGCGCAGACGCUGCUGGAGCAGCACAGCCUCGGGCUGGACACGGUUGAGGCGCUGACGGCCUCGCCGGUGGCCGGCACGGCCCGGGAGGCUGCCCGCAAGGGGAUGCGGUUCUACGCUGCUCUACAGGCUGAGGACGGGCACUGGGCCGGUGACUACGGCGGUCCCCUCUUCCUGCUGCCAGGUCUGCUCAUAACGUGUCACACUGCCAAGAUCCAGCUGCCCGAGGGCGUUCGGAAGGAGAUGGUGCGGUACCUGCGCUCCGUGCAGCUCCCGGACGGAGGAUGGGGCUUGCACGUGGAAGACAAAUCAACAGUGUUUGGGACAACACUCAACUACGUAGCCCUGAGGAUCCUGGGGGUCGGACCAGAUGACCCUGACGUUGUGCGGGCCCGUGUCAACCUGCACAGCAAAGGUGGUGCUGUGGGAAUCCCUUCCUGGGGGAAGUUCUGGCUGGCUGUCCUGAACGUUUACAGCUGGGAGGGAAUGAACACGCUUCUCCCAGAGAUGUGGCUGCUUCCCACAUGGUUCCCAGCCCACCCGUCCAAGCUCUGGUGCCACUGCCGCCAGGUUUACCUGCCCAUGAGCUACUGUUAUGCCAAACGUCUGUCAGCAGAGGAGGAUGAGCUCAUACGGAGCUUGCGGCAGGAGCUGUACGUGCAGGACUACAGCAGCAUAGACUGGCCAGCCCAGAGGAACAACGUGGCUGCCUGUGAUGUGUACACCCCACACAGCUGGCUGCUGGGGGUCGCCUAUGCCAUCAUGAAUGUGUACGAAGCCCACCACAGCACUCGCCUGCGGCAGCGAGCUGUCACAGAGCUGUACGACCACAUCAAGGCUGAUGACAGGUUCACCAAGUGCAUCAGCAUUGGGCCGAUCUCCAAGACGAUCAACAUGCUGGUUCGCUGGUUCGUGGAUGGGAAGAACUCCCCAGCUUUCCAAGAACAUGUUUCCAGGAUCCCUGACUAUCUCUGGCUGGGCCUCGAUGGCAUGAAGAUGCAGGGCACAAAUGGAUCCCAGCUCUGGGACACUGCCUUUGCCAUCCAAGCCUUCUUGGAGGCAGAAGGCCAGAAGAUGUCUGAAUUCACAUCCUGCCUCCAAAAUGCCCAUGAAUUCCUCCGGUUCACCCAGAUCCCAGAGAACCCACCUGACUACCAGAAAUACUAUCGCCAUAUGAACAAGGGUGGCUUCCCCUUCAGCACCCGAGACUGCGGCUGGAUCGUGGCAGACUGCACAGCAGAGGGGCUGAAGUCAGUAAUGCUUCUGCAGGAGAAGUGCCCCUUCAUAGCCAAGCCUGUCCCCCCCGAGCGCCUCUUUGAUGCUGUGAAUGUGCUGCUGAGCAUGAGGAACUCGGAUGGAGGCUUUGCCACGUAUGAAACCAAGCGAGGAGGCCACUUACUGGAGCUGCUGAACCCCUCAGAGGUGUUUGGUGACAUCAUGAUUGACUACACCUAUGUGGAGUGUACAUCCGCUGUCAUGCAGGCACUGAAACACUUCCAUGAUGAGUUCCCUGAGCACAGAGCUCCAGAGAUUAGAGACACUCUGCAGAAGGGCCUGGACUUCUGUCGCAAGAAGCAGCGAGCUGAUGGGUCAUGGGAAGGGAGCUGGGGGGUUUGUUUCACCUACGGCACCUGGUUUGGGCUGGAGGCAUUUGCCAGUAUGCAGCACACGUACCAUGAUGGGGCUGCAUGCCGAGAGGUGACCCAGGCCUGCCAGUUCCUCCUCUCCAAGCAGAUGGCAGAUGGUGGCUGGGGAGAGGACUUUGAGUCAUGUGAGCAGCGCACCUAUGUGCAGAGCACUGAGUCUCAGAUCCACAACACGUGCUGGGCCCUGCUGGGGCUCAUGGCUGUCAGGUACCCUGACAUUGACGUGCUGGAAAGGGGCAUCAAACUCCUGAUUGACAAGCAGCUGCCCAGUGGGGACUGGCCUCAGGAGAAUAUCGCUGGUGUAUUCAACAAGUCGUGUGCCAUCAGUUACACAUCAUACUGCAAUGUCUUCCCCAUCUGGACACUGGGCCGUUUCUGCCGCCUGCAUCCCAACAGCCCUCUUGCUGGGAAGCUGCGCUCUGGAUACGUGGAUGGGACAGGGGAGACCGUGCCAGAGGCUUUGUCUGCCUGAGCCUGGGCCAUAGCACAUGCCGUGGCCUCUGGCUUGUCCCAGAUACCAGCUGCUGCAUGGGGCCAUGGGGGUGUUUGCUGCAUAGGGUGUCUUGGUGCUGAUCUUCACCAUGCGGGCUGCUGCUCAGCCAUGGAGGAGUGCUGCUGAGCCUUCUUCUGUUGGACCUCCUUCAAAAAUACACUUUUACAGGGUUUUCCCAGGUACAUCCUCACUCACGGGACAGCGAGUGAAGUGCCUUUUCCAGACCAGUCUGGUGAUCUGAGAACAGAAAGGUGCCAAGCUGUGUGUACAUAUCUAGACACUCUCAUGCCCGUGAGAGAGAUGCCCAUAGCAUCCCCUUUGCCCAGGGCAGGGCGUUGGAACUGGAUGAUCUUAAGCUCGUUUCCAGCCAAAACCAUUCCAUGAUUCUAAGUUGGGUAGAACAAGGGUGCCUUUGUCUUCCCCUCGUGCUGUCCAGGUUGGCUCUGUGCAGCAAGAGGACUGGUGACCUCCCCUGUGCCCAGCAUUGUGGUGGGUGUGCUGCACAAUCCCUCUGUGCUGUGGGUGCCAGCAACUGCCUUUGACGUGCUCUCUGCUCUGCAGCCUGUGCUGGGAGGGGAAGGGCACCU